AUGGGAAUCCGUGGCCUUCCCAAAGAGCUGCACGAUAGCGAGGGAAUACCUGGGGGGUCUUAUGAGCUGAUCGAGGACAGUAUUGAUAGACUCGGCUACAAGAACCUUUUCCUCAACCCAGAAGGCCUGUCCCCUGUCGACAAGAAGAAUCUGCAGACCUUCCGAGCAGUAGGACACGUCCUGGAUGAUAUCCUGUCCAAGGAAUUCGACAAAGAGCUCACCAUCAUUCAUGUGGACGGUUCACCAUCAGAGCAGAAGCGAGGAGAACAUCGGCAGAGAAACGCGACCCUAAAGCGAGCACUGGACAAGCUACAGACGAAGGUCAGCGGUUCAACCCGGUCAACAAAGCAGCUCUUCAAGACCUGCAAGAACAACUACCGCCUACCCCGAGGGAGUCUCGAGCAGGAUAUCCUUCCGGUGUUGAGAGAGAAGGGCUGGUGGAUCCACCUGUGCCCGUAUCAAGCGGAUACAUGCCUCUCAAGAGUGUGUCAGGACGCCCCAGACCCCGACUCUGUCAUGAUCGUCACUUCUGAUAGUGAUCUAAUUGUCUACGAGGGGAUCCGCCACAUCAUGAUGCCCGUGGGCAAGACGAGGGAGUUGCAGUUGUUCGACAAGACCAAGCUCCUGGACCGUCUAGAUCUGCCGUCGGAACAGCACCUUCUCCUUGUCUGUAUCGUAACCUCCAACGAUUACGUGAAGAAUCUUCCGUACUUUGGGCUUCACAAGAACUGCGACAUCAUACGAGACUUUGAUCUGACAAGCCUAGGGCCGCUGGGAGGAUCUGGAGACAACGACCACAGAGCCGAGGCAUUGAUGCCGUUCAUUCAAAACUACCUGGACGAAGUUGAGCGUCAACUGGGGAAACUGAAGAAAAGAUCGAUACAGCAGACUUCUACUCGACACAAGCAACAGGAAAUCAUCCACAUUGGCCCGGAAUAUUAUCGCCAUGCAAUCACCGCAUUUUUCGAAAGGAUGGAGACGCCUAUACAAGAACCGCUGGAGCAGGACGACGAGAGUCCUCACUCUCACGAUAUCAUUACCAUGAUACUACAGGAACUGUACUCUCGCAAAAGUCAACAACAGCAGCCUCAGCAACCCAGGAACGACACCCACACCUUCACACAGCACCUACCACCAGAGCGAGUCCCGAUCAAACUGGCUUCUACCAAGGACAUGGGCAUGGACACCGAUACGAACAUCGAAUCAGCACCCUCGUCAACAUCCACGCAAUAUGAUUCCAAGACGAUCUCCGAAUGCACCCGGAAGCGGAAAAGAUCCCUGAAACACAAGCAGCAGCGGAAGGAUCGAUUCAAGGCUAAGAAGUCAGAAGCCAAACACAAGCAGUGGAGAGAGUCACAGUUCAAAUCAAGGACCGAUAUUCAGAAGAGGUAUUCAGUCAGAACUGUCAACAUCCACGACGCCCCAAACGUCGAUGAGGCUGAGCUUUCCCAUAUGACUGUGCCUAAGCCUCGCUCCCAGAAACAGUCAUCUCCGUAUAUCAACAACCCGGUCUCCGACAACAACGCCAAAGAUACAUCCAAAACAACAAACGGUUCUUCGUCCCAGCAGAAAUCCAGCGAAAACUCCCAACAAAAGAAGAAGAAGCGCAAACCUAGGAAGCGCAAACCUAGGAAGCCGAAGUCUGAAGUUGCACAACUUAAAUCCGGAUUCUCAAGCACCUUUGCAAUUUCAACACAGACGAUCGGUAGUGUUCUGGGGUGCCUACGACGAUCACUAUUGCCGGCACGAGAGACUGGGCGACUUGCUAAACUCAGCGACGAGGACAUCAAGGAUAUAGCGGUCAGGAUCGACUCGGCAGUGGCGACGAUGGCAGAGGCCAGGAUGUUUGUUUUUCGAGCAGUAGAGAUUAUGAUCCUUGAUCAGCUAUUGGGAGGAGAAGGCAUUUCGGGAGCGCUGGAUGCUGUCGCUGGCGAGGAGGAUGCAGGAGAACCCUUUGACGUGCUUGAGUUACUGUUGGAGAAGGCCGCCGGGACCGCUAUUAUCAAGCAUAUGUUCUCCCUCAUCCUCAACGGAGAGAUCGAGCGCGGUCGCCCUAAAACAGUCAAGGAAAAGUCCAAGGCCGCGAAGAACAUCUCGAAGGCUGCUUAUGAUCGUCUCCAUCAGAUCCUGCCAGGAUUUCGGCCUGUCAACAAGGACUCCAUCUGCGUUGGACGGUUGAUUGUUGAUGCAGCGGCGGAAUUCUCUGUUCAGCUGAGAAAACAUUUUCGGGAUUUGCCAUUCACCAUUGGAGCUAGGAUGUUAAAGUGUGGUUGGAGCGAGAUCGACCUGCCAGCUGGAUCAUUUAAGGAGCAGCCGGGAUCCCAGACUGUUGGAGCAAUUCAACAAACUACAGCGGAGGAGAGGAAUGACGAUAACGACGAGAAGGACGAGGAUGACGACGAAGAGGACGUAGAGGACGAGGAUGAGGACGAGGGCGACAACGAUACCAGCAUGCGAUUUGCCGGUGGAUACAUCCGUCACUGGUGGAAAGAGGCCGAACGUCUGCCGCCGGCUAUGCAACCUCUCUUCUGCCUUCGACAUAACUUCACCGAUCCGUUCAUCACAUUUGAGGAGCGGGCUCUGCCGCCAAUCUUGUGGUCCACGAGCAAGAAGAAUCCGAACCCGUGCGCUGUUGCUGCUUCCAAGAUCAUGACCGCCAAAGAAGCAUCCGCACUCGUCGAAUUGACGCAUGGGGAAUUGAUCAGGAUCUUAUUCUAUGGAGAACCAGAUGAGAUCAGGAAGUCACAUUCCGUGUGGCAGACAUCAUACGGGAGACGCUCGACAACUAUGGAAGCUCUUGCCAACAAUCAUCCGGCCAUCUUUGAUCCUAAUAUCCUUCACUCAUACUUGGACAACAAGUUCCGCUUCAUCAACUACGCCAGUGACUGUCGAGAGAAAGGGAUUGCAUGCGACAAGAGUCCCCCUCCCUUGCCGACAAGUCUCCUCUCACAGGACCCGACCCUAUGCCCGCAACGAUUCGCGCUCAACAACAUCUUUUCGACAAACGGCAAGGAACUCCAUGUCACCUGCUUUGAUACCACCAAGCCCUACAGGAGCAAGUUCGCCUUUAACCCUAUCUAUCGGAUCGAAAACAGAUUCCCAACACUACAAUCAAUUCUGGACGAGUUUGGCGUGUCGUCUAUCGAGGAGAUUGAUGUCUGGGGUAUUGACCCCGGUGAGGUCAACACGGCAGCAUUUUGUAGGAUCUUGCGGACCUAUCUCACUUCAAUUGACACCAAUGUGGCGACAGAUGAUGACGCUGAACCGCAACAUCGACGCAACUACCAAGCAUCCACCAACAGCAUCCUCCCUCCUGGUCUGGAAGCCAAGAAUCUGGUCGUGAGCAGAAAAUCGCUUUACCAGCCUGUGUUUGCCCAUCGAAAUAAAAUGCAGGAUCUGUCGACAACGAGGAUCACCGUCAGUCCAGGUCAGACGAUUGAGGGCAAGUUAUGGGCCGAGCAGAAGGACGGGCAAGCGGAUGGAGGAACGUCGAUUCUGAGUAUCAGCGAGAUCCUGAACGUGCUGCCAUCCCGACAAUACCAACAAGUUGCAGACAUGGAGCAAUCCACGUUCCGAUUUUUCCUUGUUCAGGAUAUCUUGCAUGGAUUCUAUGGGUCUGCAAGAGUGAAAGCCAUGGGCUGGGAUCUGAAGAAGGCCAAGAAGGCAGAGAUGGACCUCGCCAUCGAUGCCAUCCUCAGGGAGUGCACCACCAAGACGCUAUUCUGCUAUGGAAAUGGGUCCUUCCGUACAGGCAUUAACCUCGCAUCCCCCAUGAGUCCUUCAAGGCGGUCUUUGCGCAAAAGGCUGUUGCUGCUGGGCACAUCGUGGUGUUGGUCGAUGAAUACCUCACUUCAAGCAUUUGUCCCACCUGCCUCGAGUCGAACGAGGCGAGGUUUGGAUGCGGACCUUGACAAGGCCGACGCCUUUGAGUCGCAAGAGCCCAAGUGA